GGCGGAGAGAAGCCCAACAAGCAGUGACCUUCUUUCUGUUGCAGAAACGGCGUCGAGGUGGACCAUACAGCAAGGAUUAAAAGUCACUUAUCCACCCGUGACUUGCAUACGGGAACGCGGAAACGCAGUGUCAGUGAAAUAUGGAGCUGAGGGUGGUGUGUGUGCUGCUCUGGACCAGUUGUAUCUUCCGCUGCAGUGUCGCUCACAACGACUUCUUCACCUCCAUUGGUCAGAUGACGGACCUGCUGUUCACAGAGAAGGACCUGGUCACCUCUCUAAAGGACUACAUCAAAGCUGAGGAAAGCAAGCUAGAGCAGGUCAAACAGUGGGCUGAGAAGCUGGACUCGCUGACCCUGACUGCCACGCAGGACCCCGAGGGCUUUCUAGGUCACCCAGUAAACGCCUUCAAACUGAUGAAGAGGCUCAACACAGAGUGGGGAGACCUGGAGAACCUCGUCCUGAAGGACAUGUCUCAACGGUUCAUCUCCAACCUGACCAUCCUGAGGCAGAACUUCCCCAACAAGGAUGACGAGACAGGAGCGGCCAAAGCUCUGCUCCGACUGCAGGACACCUACAAACUGGACACACACUCCAUCUCUACGGGCAACCUGCCAGGCGUGGACCAGGGCAAACUGCCCUACAAGAGCACCAUGACGGUGGAGGACUGCUUCGAGCUGGGCAAGGUUGCCUACUCUGAGUCGGACUACCACCACACGGAGCUGUGGAUGGCCCAGGCACUACGGCAACUGGACGAGGGGGAGGAGACUGAGGUGGACGCGGCCGCUGUGCUCGACUACCUCAGCUACUCCGUCUACCAGCAGGGGGACCUGGAGACCGCGCUGGACUACACCAGGAGGCUGCUGCUGCUCGACCCGGAUCACCAGCGGGCCAAUGGUAACCUGAAGUACUUUGAGUACCAGCUGGCCAAACGGAGGGAGGCAGAGGAGGACGAGAAAGCGAAGGAGGACGGCGCGCAAGGGAAGAGGGAGGCGGAGAGCGACGCCGCUGAGGACGACUUCCAGCCCGAGAAGAGGAAGUACGAGCGCCUGUGCAGAGGAGAGGGCCUGAAGAUGACUCCUCGUAGACAGAGCCGUUUGUUCUGCCGUUACUUUGACAACAACCGCCAUCCGCGCUACAUGAUUGGCCCAGUGAAGCAGGAAGAUGAGUGGGACCGCCCCCACAUUGUCCGGUUCCAUGACAUUGUUAGUGACGUCGAGAUGGCUAAGGUCAAACAGUUGGCCAAACCGCGGCUGGCGAGAGCCACCAUCUCCAACCCCAUCACAGGUGUGCUGGAGACCGCCCCCUACCGCGUCAGCAAGAGUGCAUGGUUAGUUGAGAAUGAGCAUCCUGUGGUGGACCGGAUCAACCAACGGAUAGAAGAUCUCACAGGGCUAGAGGUCAGCACAGCAGAGGACCUCCAGGUGGCUAACUAUGGAGUGGGAGGCCAAUAUGAGCCUCACUAUGACUUUGGCCGUAAAGAUGAGCCUGAUGCCUUUAAGGAGUUGGGCACAGGAAACCGCAUAGCCACAUGGCUCCUCUAUAUGAGCGAUGUGGCAGCAGGGGGCGCCACAGUCUUCACUGAAGUGGGCGCCGCAGUCAGACCCAUGAAGGGCACAGCAGUGUUCUGGUAUAAUCUCUUCCCCAGUGGCGAGGGGGACUACAGCACACGCCAUGCUGCCUGCCCAGUACUGGUGGGCAACAAGUGGGUGUCUAAUAAGUGGAUCCAUGAGCGGGGCCAGGAGUUCCGGAGACGUUGCGGUCUUGAUGAGCUGGACCGAAACAGCCCCGUUCUUCCUCACCUUCUUCAUCAUCUUGUGUGAUCUGGGUCCUUCUGAAGUGCUCUUCUCUCACCCCUCCUCUGUCUGACACACACACACACACACACACACACCAUUCAUCCAUGGCGUUCACCUUUUACAGUCACCCCCCACCAUGUGAUUUGUCACAUUUAUUUUUAUCCUGGACAGGAGUGUGUGUGUGUGUGUGUAAGAGAGAGAAUGUGCACACGUGUGAGUCUGUUUUUGUGUGUUCACGUGUGUGUGUGUGUGUGUGUGUGUGUUCACGUGUGUGUGUGUGUGUGUGUGUGUGUGUCGUUUCAGUGCCUCUGUCUCUGUACCAACCUCCUAAAUUUUAAUUUUCUACAUUCAUGUCUUACCAAACUCCACACAACACUCCCUUCUUUUUAACUCUACUGGAGUUAACACUCCAUGCUUUUAACUCUUUGGAAAUUAACACUCCACACUUUUAACUCUAUGGAAAUUAACACUCCACACUUUUAACUCUAUUGAAAUUAACACUCUACUCUAUAACUCAGUGAAAGUUAACUUCCUCCUAUUAUGAAUUCUGUGGAAGUCAACACUCCACUCUUAACUCUACAGGAGUUAAUACUCUUCUUUACAGAACUCUCUCUCUCUCUCUACACCACCCUUCUUCUACUUGAGUUGUGGUGAAUGGUGGUGAAAAAUGCCACAGCCUUUUCCUUUCCUAACUCCCUCCCCUAAAUUAACGAAUGUGCUGCCACACCUGUCCACUUCGGGGUCUAUGGCCCCUAGUUGGAGCUCCGCCUUUGCACUGUUUGUAUUGGUGUAGAAAUGUUAAACUAGAUGCCAGUCUUCCGGUCAUCCCCGCCCACUUACAUCGGAUGACCAGUGUGCUGAACCUGUGUCUGACUCAGCUGACACUGAACAGAUUAGCUGAAGGCCUCCAGGUACACUAGUCUUCUGUGUGUGUGUGUGUGUGUGUGUGUGUGUGUGUGUGGGAGAUUACUGCAGGAGCUUAAGUGGGUGAUUAUCUACUGGACUUGAGGGGGGGGUGUUUGGCAGUGUGACAGACAGUCCCUCUGCGCUCUAGUGACAGGUCAGAUAUUUCCCUCCUCUCUCUCUCUGUCCACCCCCCCUCUCUCUUCCCCCUCCUCCCUCUAGGAUCACUCUAUACCAGCCCUGAGGUCGUUCACUUCAGGACACUUGUAAACACGACCCUUUGAAGCCAAAAGUACAUUAUGUAUCUUUCUCCUUCUUCCCCCCCCCCCCCCCCCCCUCCCAUCACUCUGCUUCCAAACCAGACUGCUCAAAGUGCAGUACCAUUGAUUUUCAACUUUGUUACUCCCCCCCCCCCCCCCCUCCCCAUCCCACAUACACACCCUCCCACACACACAUUGUGCACUACAUGUAAGUACCCAUGCAGAGGAUAUACAGCAGAACCUCCCUCCGACGCCUGAGUGUCUCAUAUCUAUCUGUUGUACCUGCUGCCCCAUUAUUAUUACUAUUGUUAUUCACCCAAAAACUCUUCUACCCCAUUCUAUUGCUUCAGGCCUGAUGCCUGUCUCACCUGCCCCACGAGCCAUUAGUUACCCCUCAGCACACUCCUGCUCCCCUCUCUUACCCCCCCAUACCCCACCCUUCUUCUUCUGUUGCCCCGAACAGCCCUCUUACCCCACGCUCAUGACCUCUAACGCUCUGUUACCCCUGCAUCCUGCUGUGUGUGGUGUGGGUGUGUGACCUGUGGGAUUGACCUUCACCGUGACCUCUGGGGCGCGAGGCCACUGUAUUAUUUUAGUUUUUAGGUUUGUUUUUGUUUGUUUGUUUGUUUGUUUGUUUUUUAAACAAAAAAGUGUUUUAAAGAUGACUGCUCAUCUGUGAGGAGCGCAGACUGUGGAUUAUAUAUCUAUUUUUUGGGUGUAUGAAUGGACGGAUGUUUUCUACUGAAAUAAAAAGUCUAUGCUCAGUU